AGAAAUAUGUCUCGUUUCAAGUGUAAAAAGUGCAGAAAAGUGUAGUUAAAAACAGAACUUUGCGAGUGAACUAGUGAAGCAGUCGAACUUUUCAUGUGUGUUGAUAUAAGAUGCGUUGACAAUUAUUGAUAGCUGCCUAACCUUGUCAGCUAGAUUUCUGGACGUUAUCUUACCAAUCGGUGGUCUACACGGAAAGGUCAUCACUUUUACUGGCUAAUAGGUCAGAAAGAAGUAAUGAGGAUUAAUCUAUUGGAAAUUAGAUAGACAGUCACACUAAACAUAACCUUUCAUGUACCAACGAUCAUAUGCUUUGAGCACUGGAUAGAUUUACUAUAGGGUCGAGUAAUCGCAACUCCGACUAGCCAAACAUGAUUAAGGCGAUUUUGGUUUUCAACAACCAUGGGAAACCUCGACUUUCGAAGUUUUAUCAGUAUUUUAACGAAGAUAUGCAACAGCAGAUAAUAAAAGAAACAUUUCAGCUCGUUUCGAAAAGAGACGACAAUGUAUGUAAUUUUCUGGAGGGUGGCAGUCUGAUCGGUGGAUCCGACUAUAAACUGAUAUAUCGACAUUACGCCACGCUUUACUUUGUGUUUUGCGUCGACAGUUCGGAGUCGGAAUUAGGAAUCUUAGACCUGAUACAGGUCUUCGUCGAAACCUUGGACAAGUGUUUUGAGAACGUAUGCGAGCUCGAUCUCAUCUUCCACGUGGACAAGGUUCAUUAUAUACUCAACGAAUUGGUGAUGGGUGGUAUGGUUCUCGAGACCAACAUGACCGAGAUCCUUACGAGGAUCGAGGAUCAGAACAAGCUGGAAAAGCAAGAGGCGGGAAUCGCAGCAGCGCCCGCGCGUGCCGUCUCCGCGGUGAAGAACAUGAAUAUACCACAACAAAUAAAGGAUAUGAAGCUGCCUGACUUGCCGCAGGCGAUAAAAGACCUCAAAUUCUGACCAGCCGUCACCUCGUUGGCGCCUAGCUGACUGGUCUCUUCUGCCAUCCCGAACGUAACCGACACCACCGUCACUACCACCACUACUACCGCACCGAGGAUACUUUUCCCUUCCCUCCAGGCAAACGAGAAUGCACCAAUGUUGCCUGCCACCUGCACGUAUAUCCCGUCACAGCGAUACCAGAAUUAAUGAUCAUGUAAUCAUGAACCAACGUCUAUCACCAUUUUACUGGCGACCAAGUACGAGCUGGAAAGGAACCCAGUUCCAGCUUUUGAGUUGCGAGGAAAUUUGCUAAAGGCAAGAAAUAAGUUAGAGGCAACGCGCGAGGACGUUCCUCGCAUUUUUAUACUAGGAAUUUACGCUAGCAAGUAUGUUAAGAGAGACAAGGUCCACGAAUUCAGCUGCAGUAAUUUGCUAAUUUUUAAUUGUCUGCAAUGAUGUAGCUCUGUACUUCAUAUGUGAGAGACGUUCCAUGCGGUCAUUCGCAUUCCGAGAGUGCAAAACUUUUCAAUGUUAUAUUAUAACGAAAAUAUAUUUAAUGAACAAA